AAACCCCUCUAUUUCUUCUUCUUUUCUUUUUUUUCUUUCUUUCUUUCUUCUUCUUCUUUCUUUCUUUUCUUUUCUUUUUUCUGAGGCGCAUAUUAGUUAAGUCUUCGAGUUUUAGCUUCUAGGUCUGAUCCAAUCCCCCACUCCACAAAAAUUCUCCAAUUCUCCUCCUCCCUCUCCGCCGUCUCUUCUUCCUCCCUACCUUCUUCUCACCCUCUCUUUCUCUCACUUCGCCGCCUCCCGCCACCUCCAUCAUCCCCUGAUUCCUUCUCGAUCCGAUUAUUACUCUCCUUCUUCUUCCUCACUGCAAUUCCCCGAUUUCUUCAAUUAUUCCUUCUGGAUCGUGUUUCUUCUCUACCUGGGGACUUUCCUUCAUUUAUUUACUUUCAUAACGGAUUUUCCAACUGUUUUCUAGAUUUAUUUUACACGUACCUUAUUCUUCUUCUUUUAUUUUUUUGGGAGAUAUAUAUAUAUAUAUAUAUAUAUAUAUACAUAUAUAUAUACACACACACACACACGCAUAUAGAGAGAGAGAUAGAGAGAGAGAUGGGGAGGAAGAGGGAGAGGGGAUUAUGUUGUGUUUGUUGAGGAAAGUUAAUUAUCCGGACUGACUUCUGUAAGAAUUGAAGUUUGAGACGGAUCUUUAAUAAUUAACUGAGGACUCUGAGGUUUUCUUUUGGAUUUGUGAUUCGAUUUGGAGUUGAAGGAACUGGAGGGUGUUUUGUUUCAGUUUAAUUGAAGUUAUGGAAGAACGGGACAGUAGAAGAGUAAAUAUGGGGAUGCCGGAUGUGAUUCUUGGCUGUGUAAUGCCCUAUAUUCAGGACCCGAGAGAUCGUAACGCUAUUUCUCAAGUUUGCCAUAGAUGGUACGAGCUUGAUGCGCUUACUCGUAAUCAUGUUACCAUAGCUCUUUGCUACACCACCACACCCGAACGGCUACGGCAACGGUUUAUUCAUCUUGAGUCCUUGAAAUUGAAGGGUAAACCGAGAGCUGCAAUGUUUAAUUUAAUACCUGAGGAUUGGGGAGGAUAUGUUACUCCAUGGGUAAUGGAGAUUGCUAGUUCUUUCAAUCGCUUAAAGUCUCUUCACUUCCGGCGUAUGAUUGUCGUAGAUUCGGAUCUGGAGCUUCUUGCUAGUGCACGAGGCCGUGUUCUUGUGUCGCUUAAACUCGAUAAAUGCUCUGGAUUCUCCACCGAUGGAUUAUUCCAUAUUGGACGCUCUUGCAGGAAUUUAAAAACAUUGUUUUUGGAAGAGAGCUCAAUUCAGGAGAAAGAUGGUCAAUGGUUACAUGAACUUGCUAGGAACAACACAGCGCUUGAGACGUUAAAUUUUUACAUGACAGAAAUUACCCAAGUUAGAUUUGAAGAUCUUGAACUUAUAGCCAGAAACUGUCGUUCCUUAAUUUCUGUGAAAAUUAGUGAUUGUGAAAUCCUUAAUCUCGUGGGCUUCUUUCGUGCUGCUGGUGCUUUGGAGGAAUUUUGUGGAGGUUCCUUCGGCUUCAAUGACCAACCAGAGAAGUAUGCAGGUAUAGCAUUGCCUCAGAAUCUGCGUAAUUUGGGUCUUACAUACAUGGGAAGAAGUGAAAUGCCAAUAGUUUUCCCUUUUGCAAAUCUUCUCAAGAAGUUGGAUCUUUUGUAUGCUCUGCUUCAUACUGAAGAUCAUUGUACUUUGAUUCAGAGAUGCCCCAACUUAGAAAUUCUUGAGACUAGAAAUGUGAUUGGAGAUAGAGGAUUAGAAGUUCUUGCUCGUCAUUGCAAGAAACUGAAAAGGCUUAGAAUUGAGCGGGGUGCAGAUGAGCAGGGAUUAGAAGACGAGGAAGGUCUUGUUUCACAAAGAGGGUUGAUUGCUUUGGCACAGGGAUGUCUGGAACUGGAAUACUUAGCUGUAUAUGUGUCAGAUAUCACUAAUGCAUCUCUCGAGUGCAUCGGCACAUACUCGAAAAAUCUAAGCGAUUUUCGCCUUGUCCUGCUGGAUCGAGAAGUACGGAUAACGGAUUUGCCACUCGACAAUGGAGUUCAAGCUCUAUUGAGAGGGUGUUCUGAGAAGCUCAAGAGAUUUGCUUUAUAUCUUCGACCUGGUGGAUUGACAGACGUUGGUCUUGGUUAUAUAGGAAGGUAUAGCCCAAAUGUGAGAUGGAUGCUUCUUGGUUAUGUGGGGGAAUCUGAUGCUGGGCUAGUGGAAUUCUCUCGCGGCUGCCCUAGUCUACAGAAGCUUGAAGUUAGAGGAUGUUGCUUUAGUGAACAAGCAUUAGCAGAGUCCGUGUUGAACCUAACCUCCCUCAGGUACCUAUGGGUUCAAGGCUACAGAGGAUCCUCUUCAGGCCGCGAUCUUCUUGCAAUGGCUCGCCGGUACUGGAACAUCGAAUUGAUUCCAUCAAGACGAGUUGUUGUGCCUGAUCAAGUUGGGGAGAUGGUGGUGGCUGAACACCCUGCUCAUAUACUUGCAUACUACUCCCUAGCAGGACCAAGAACUGAUUUUCCAGAGAGCGUCGUACCGUUGGAUUCGUAGUCCUUGAUCGAUUCAUAGAGCUUAUGGGGAUGUACAUACAACAAGUCAACAACAAUCUCUCUCUCUCAUUUGUUCUUUCCACUUUUCCACGUACCUGUUAAUAGAAUUGAAGGUGUUACAAAAUCUGCGGUUAGGAUGAAAAUUUGUGUUUGGAAAUGUCAUUUUGUUGUGGUGGUAUCAUCAAAAUAUAAACAAAGACAGACAGAAAGAAAGAAAGAAAAAACGAAUGACAAGGACGAGGACGAGAACAAGACAGAGAAAGACGGUUUUAGUGUUGUAAUAAGGCUGUGUUGUUUUUGUUCUUGAAACCGUGCGUGCCAUCAUGAUGAUGGAAAUGGCAGUUUGAACACUGUUUAUUGCAAAGACUUCCCUUUUUCUUUUCUUUUCUUUUUUUCUCUCUUAACUUUUGCCCAUUUCAAAGAAGAAGAAGAAGAAGAAGAAGAAACCUUAGCUUUUUGGGUGUGAUGGUAAUAGUGUAAUAUUAUUUUCUUCCUUUCUGAGUUAUAAAUCCCAUUCAGAGAAUUAUGGUUCUUUAUAUAUAUAUAUAUAGUUAGUUGGUGGGGUUAUUGGAGAUCAAUGGUUUGUAUCAGUUGUGAAUAAAUGAAAGAGCCUUCCACAAACAGUUUCAGAACUUCA